CCCGUCCCUCCAUCCGAGGCUGCUUUGAUCCUGGGUAUAACAACUCCAGCGACCUUGUUUUAUCAUUGGCCCUGUUACCUCCAUUUUCGAUUCAGUGGUCGACACCCGUUCCAGUGAUCGACGCCCAUCCCAGUGGUCGACGUCUCUCUUCUGUACUCUGUUAUGGCGUCCACUGCUAGCAGAUGGGUGAAGCCCGAGGUAUACCCACUCCUCGCGGCCGUGGGAACCGCAGCCGGGCUCUCCAUUUUUGCCUUGACACGGAAGAUUAUCGCUGACCCCGGAAUCAGUGUGAGCAAGGAGGUCAGAGCCCAUGGCAUGGCUGACGAUCUGAAGCAAGGUCAGAAGUACAAGAUGCAUUUUGUUAGAAGAGCUGUGGCCGACCGUUCUCCUGAAAUCAUGCCUGCCUUCAAUCGGUGGUGUAUCGGAUCACCUAAGUAAAAGCUUACGUUUCCCCGGAAACUUUCAAUGCGGCGUACGGUGUUCAGUGAACGAUUCUGCUCAACAUGCUCAAGUCUUAUUCAUGUCGGUGGUAUCGGGCAUUGAUUAAUUGCUAACUGGACAUCGCCGUACACCAACCGGCACACCAACCGGCUAAGUAGCACUGACGGAGUGUACCCUUGACUCCAUGAAUAUGUAUGUCGUAAAAGUGAAGUCACUACAUUUAUGGUAAACCUAGCUGGUUGAGGCGCACUGGGCUCGGCCUAAUUGUCCUGGGUCCUGGGUCACAGGCAGAUAUAUCGAGCAUGAUUCGAUCAUAACCACAUCCCCCGACUGGAAGCGGAAAUGUCGAAUAAUUUUUUGAUACGGAGAUUGUAGCUAUGACCGUUUCUGUAAGUUAUUUUGGUUUGACAAAUGCAAACGGACAAAAU